AAAGGGAAUGCUUGGAAGUUGAAACCUCUUUGUAUAAAUAGGUUUGGCUUGAAAGCUGAGAGCCCCUCUCCAUGGCCCCCCUCUCAGUCUCUGUUUGUAUGUCUUGGAAUUGCUCAGAGACCAUGUCAAGCCAUUGCUGCAGCCACAUUUCUCCUUCUUAUCAGGUAAUACUCAAUCCCUAACUUUUCAAAUCCCCCAAAUAUUUAUUGAUUCUAAUUAACCCCAUACAAAUCACCUCCUAAAACCCUAUAAUGUUACUGACCAAACCCACUUCCAAAACCCUGAGAAAGCUACUCUUCCCUUAUCAAAAUUCAAUCUUUUCCUCCUUGUACCAGCCCCAAAACCCUGCUUACACACACACCCAGAAAUCCAACUAUGUUAAUGUCUACAUGAAAUGGAAGAAAGACUCCUACUUUGACUCCAUUGAGCACAUCGACAAGUCCAUAGUGCUUAAACCCAUCAUUAACCUCAAGAACUGCAUUACUGAAGAUCCCAGUGGCUGUAUCCCAAUCUAUGAAGUGUCCAAAAGGGGUUUACAAUUAGAUGUACCCAUGAAGGUUGCCAAGUUUUUGAGGAAAUACCCAUCAAUCUUUGAAGAGUUUGCUGGUGAAUACAAUCAUCCCUGGUUUAAAUUGACCCCAGAAGCAGCUGAGAUUGAUAGGGAGGAGAAGAGGGUUUAUGAGGAUUGUAGGGUGGAUUUGAGGUAUAGGCUGAAAAAAUUGAUAUUGAUGAGUAAAGAAAAGGUUUUGCCUCUGAAAAUUAUUCAGGGGAUGGAGUGGUUUUUGGGUUUGCCUGAUGAUUUUUUGCAUUACCCGGAAAAUAAUCUGGAUGGGUCUUUUAGGUUUGUGACAAUGGAAGAUGGGUUAGAGGGAUUAGCUGUUGACAGUGGUGAAAAGGUCUCGUCUGUCGUGCAAAGGAAUGCAAUGAAAAAAGGGGUGUAUUCUGGAGGUCCAACAGAGGCAAUUGAGUUCCCGCUUUUCCCUUCCAAGGGUUUGAGGUUAAGGAACAAGAUUGAAGAUUGGUUAAAGGAGUUUCAGAAACUGCCUUAUGUUUCACCUUAUGAGGAUUUUUCACAUUUAUGGCCGGAUACUGAUGCAUCCGAGAAACGAGUUGUGGGACUUCUUCAUGAGUUGCUUAGUCUAUUUGUUGAGCAUUCAGCAGAGAGGAAGAAGCUCAAGUGUCUUAAGAAGUAUAUGGGACUGCCGCAGAAAGUGCACAGAGCAUUUGAGAGACAUCCUGGGAUUUUCUAUUUGUCAUUUAAGAACAAGACUUGUACGGUAAUUCUUAAAGAGGCUUACUGUGAUGAGUCUGCUAUUGAGAAGCAUCCACUUUUGGAAGUGAGGAAAAAGUAUAUUAGAUUGAUGAGGGAGUCGGCAGUGAUCUUGAAGAAUAGGAGAGUGAAUGGCCGGUUGGCUGGUGGUGGGAAUAUGGAGCUGGAUUUGGAUUUGGAACCUAAGAUUGAAGACAGAGGAGAUGGAGGGAAUACAGAGGUGGACUUGGAUUUGGAUUCUGAGAAUGACCAAAGAGAUGGAGAGUGUUCUCAGUAACUGGUUUUCCUAUGAUAUGCAUGUCCAUGAGAAUUUAAUAUUGCAACAUCUAUAGCAAAGGAAUAUAGGAUGGAGCUCAAUGACAACCACCUUAUGUGUUUUGACUAUGAAUAUGAUUUCCUUUUACAGAGGUUUGAAAAAGAGGUGAAGAAUAAGAUGUUAUGUUUUUAAAUGUAAUUUUUGGUUCCUCAUUUAUAUUGAUUUUUGGAGUUCUGGUUGAAAUUUGAGAUGGAAGUGUAAAUGAUUAUAAUUUAGAUUAAUCAAUUGCAAUAUAGUUUCUGAGGAUAUGGUUAUACCCUUUACUAGGUAGCUUGUAGGAGCAGAGGGAGUGUUCUGGAAUGUGAUACAAGCACUUCGCUGAACUUUGAUCAGGAUGUUGGUCGCUGGGGGUCUCCAUCAGCUCUUGGAUUGCACCCAUUUGAAUGAUUGUUCUCGUAGUACUGUCACUUGAUAUGACCAGGACUUUAAUCAAGUAGAAUGUGUUAGAGAAAGGUUAUGUUGAGCCUUUUAUUAUGGAGAAUGAUGAGGUUAUAGCUCAUGCCUUACAAGAAGAGCCUCCUCGACUUACCUCCAUGGAGAUGCCCUUUGCAAGCAUAGAUUCUUGCACAGGAAUGACUUGGUCCUUUAAACAGAUAGAAUGGUUCUGGGAUUGAAAACAAUAAGGAUGCUGUGAAUGAUUUUGGCAGAAAGAUGGACACCAGUGAUUAUAGAAAUCAGGAAAAUGAGGCAGUUGGUCCUAUAGGUGAAUGGAAACAAGGAAGCAAUGGAUCAUACUGAAGGAGAAAACUUGAUCAAUGGGGAAUACUUGUUCCAUUCGUUGGAUAUUAGUCAUGUACCAGAUGAGUACGCUGUUGAUGGUGAAGUAGGGGGGAGGCUGAAUCAGAUGGUUCAUGUUCCUCAAUCCUUUGAUUCCUGAUGUCUUAGUUCAAGAAUCACCCAGAAAUGUACGAGGGUUAUGUUGAUUACCUAAAGAGAAUGACCAAAAUAUUGGAAGUGAAGAACCCAGAUUGACAUUACUUUUCCUUUGAAGAAGCGUCAAUUUACAAGAAAGACUGAGCUGUAGAUGAGAAGCAGGGCAUAAGAGUUUUGUGAGUGGUCAUCGGAAAUGAGAAUGGGGAUCUUAUGGGUGCUUGUGCAGUCCCAGUGUUGGGAUCUUUCUCUCCCUUAACCACAGAACUGUUAGCUAUGAAGGUGGUCUCCAUUUCGCUUUAGACGCAAGAAUAGUUCCAUUACUGGUAGAAACCAACUGCUCAGAAGCAGUGAAGUUUGUAAUCUCUUCUGAACCAUGCUGGUAAGAAAAUGCGCUGAUAGUAGAGGACAUAAAAGCUUUACUAUACUGGGACUGGGAAUAUCCUUUUCCAAUCUCGUGGAGCAAACAAAGUGACACACCACAUUGGAAAGUUUCCUCUUGGUGAGCAAUCAUUUUUCUUUUGUAUUGAAUAUGGGAAUGACUUGUGGAGUUAAUUUACAAUGACUCAAACGUUUGUUAUGGAGUUGAUUUACAAUGACUCAAACGUUUGUAAUCUUUCUUCUCAUCAAUGAGUGGCUAUGCAUUUUCAA